AUGUCGAGCAGGGCGCGUCAGAGCAAACAAGACAAGUUAGCCAAGCUCGCUGAGCUCAAACGUACCAGAGAGGGCGGGAAGAGGGAGUACAAGGUCGAAGAGGACAGCAGAAUAUAUGACACGGUCACAGAUGCCCAGUACAAGACGAUCGUGAAGGGUCGCCUUGCCCGGGACGACUUCGUGGAGGAUGAUGGUGUCGGAGGAUACAUGGACAACGGUAUGGAUGACUUCGACGAGGCAGAGAACCAAGAGGAGAGCGAGGAUGAGAGGUCACGGACGAAGUCGAAGAAGGGCAAGGCCGUCAAGAGCAAAGCGAAAGCGAAGCCUGCCCCUCCGCCCCCCUCCGUUCAGCCGUCCAUCAGCGCGUAUCGCCCAGUAGUGUCUGAGGACCAAGAGUCUGACCUUAUGGCAAGCAUUCUGGGUGAUAUGGACGCCAUCCCUACGAAGCCAGCCCCUACGAAGUCGCGCAAGCGCAAGCCCGAACCCGACUCCGUAUUCGACUCCUCCCUCGCACACUACAGCAGCAUCACGUACCGGCGGAACGGCGGGUACAGCAGCGGGGACCCGGACUUAUCUUCCGAUGGACCCAUGGAUGACGGCACUGGUGCUCUGAGCGGGGACGACACCUUUAUGAGCCCGAAGAAGAAGCAGAAGACCGAAACCCCAGGUAUCCUCCCCGCGAUCGAGCGUAUGGGCAAGCUCGACGUCGAAAGCGGCACAGACAGCGACUUCGGUGGUGUCGACAUGGGUGCAUUCAUGGAUGUGGACGACGACGACUUGGAGUGGGACGAAGGGUCAAAGCCCAAGACGAAUGUCAAAAUGGAAGUCGACGAAGAGCAGAAACAUUUGAAGCCCAUCAAUGGUAACACCACGGAGAAGAAGGUCAAGAAGCUCGACGAUGACCCGUCAUGGUUAUCUAUCCAUGCGACAUUGAACGUGAAGACAGAGGACACCAUCGACCUAGCUACUUCCAAUCCCUCUCGAGCCGCUUCCUCUAACCUCUCGGUCCUCGAGGAGGACGGGUCGCUGCGGUUCUACUGGGUGGACUACCUGGAGGCUGGAGGCAAGUUACACUUCAUCGGCAAAGUGCAGGACAAGAAGUCACAAGCAUGGGUUUCUAUCUGUGUAACCGUCGAGAACCUCCAGCGCAAUCUCUUCGUAUUACCACGCGACUUGCGCGUGGAAGAGGACGAUGAAGGGAACACCUACGAGACGGACGAGGUUCCGGCUCUCCCUGACGUCUACUCGGACUUCGACCGACUACGCAAGAAGGUCAAGAUUAGUGGCUUUAAGGCGAAGUUCGUCGAACGCAAGUACGCAUUUGGCGAGAAAGACGUUCCCCGAGGAGAGCACCAGUGGAUGAAGGUCGUUUAUCCUUUCACAGAGCCGCAAAUUCCGAACAACGCGUCUAGUCCGAAUUUCUCUCGGAUAUUUGGUACGAACACGAACGCCUUCGAACUCCUUGUGUUGAAGCGCAAAAUCAUGGGCCCAUGCUGGCUGAGAAUAAAGAACCCAGAGAUCGACAAUAAGGGAAUUUCCUGGUGCAAAGUCGAAGCGACGGUCUCCGACCCGAAAGACAUCAAUCCCAUCGCGGACUUGGACCCUGAUUUGCCUAAAGAGAACCCUCCUUUGACGAUUGUUUCGCUGAGCCUGCGCACCAUUGUCAACCACCGAGAGAACAUCCGGGAAAUCGUCUGCUUAACCGCACGUAUUUGGUCUAACACGAACAUUGAUGACCCGACACCCCCGGAGGAGCUACCCUGCGUCGUGAAGACAUUCGUGCGGCCAUUGGACCGUUUCCCACCCAACUUUGAGGAGCAAACGUCAGGGAAAGGCGGGAUCACCGCGCUCGCAUCGGAGAAGCACCUGCUCACCAGUCUCAUCAACACGAUAUACCGAACUGACCCUGAUGUGAUCGUUGGCCAUGAAUUCCUUGGCGUGUCGCUAGACGUGCUGCUCCAGCGCAUGCGGCACCACCAAACGGAACACUGGUCGCGUAUAGGGCGUUUCAGGCAGUCACGAUGGCCAAACAUUGGUCGCCAAGGGUCAAACUUACGCUUCCUAGGUGGACGAUUGCUCUGUGAUCUCGCGAGCGACAGCGCCAAGAAAAUGAUCACGUCGACCACGUGGUCACUCACUGAGAUGUGCCACACCCAUCUUGAGCGCGAUCGGCCCGAGAUCGACCCGGACGACACCGCGAGCUACUUCGACAGCGCUGUGCGUUCGCCGGAGCGGCUGAUCAUGUUCGUCCGGCACUGCGAGCUCGACGCACACUACCAGAUGGCGCUCACCCACAAGGUGCAGCUCCUCCCCCUCACUCGACAGCUGACGAACCUCGCGGGGAACGCGUGGAACAAGACGAUGAACGGCGGGCGCGCGGAGCGCAACGAGUACAUUCUCCUGCACGAGUUCCACCGGCUCAAGUACGUGUGCCCGGAUAAAUUGUACGGCAAGAAAGCAGCGACGGCGGCCAAGGCGGAGGAAGACGAAGACGGGGACGCGAAACCCGCGACCAAGGGCCGGCGCGAUAAGUACAAGGGUGGGCUGGUGUUCGAGCCGAAGCGUGGGCUGUUCGACAAGUUUAUCCUCGUCAUGGACUUCAAUUCGCUGUACCCGAGUAUCAUCCAGGAGUACAACAUCGACUUCACGACCGUCGAGCCCGUCGAAGACGUUGACGAUCAAGAGCAGAUGGCGGAGCCGCCAGAGGAUCAUGUUGCUCAAGGCGUGCUGCCGAAGAUUAUUGCCACCCUCGUCAGCCGUCGUAGGCAGGUCAAGCAGCUGAUCAAGAGCGAGAAGAAGGCGACGAAGGCGCAACUCCUCCAGUGGGACAUCAAACAAAUGGCAUUGAAGCUGACGGCCAACGCCAUGUAUGGUUGUCUCGGUUUCGAAUUCUCAAGGUUCUACGCCCGUCCACUCGCUGCGCUCACGACGUUCAAGGGUCGUGAGAUUCUUACGCAUACGAGGGAGCUCGCUGAGAGUAUGAUGCUCGAGGUCGUUUAUGGUGACACGGACUCCGUCUUCGUCAACUCCGGGGUGACGGAGCUCGAUGCUGCCCUCAAGAUCUCCAACGAGUUCAAAAAGGCGGUCAACGAACGCUACCGGCUUCUCGAGAUUGACCUUGACGGCGUCUUCAAGCGCCUCCUGCUCUUGCAAAAGAAGAAGUACGCUGCGAUCAAGGUGGAGGACCUCACCCGGACUUCCACCGAGGUCAAGGGUCUCGACAUGAAGCGGCGAGAAUAUUGUGCGCUUUCAAAGGCAGUGUCACAAUUUGUUCUCGACCAGAUCCUGUCCGGGGAAGCGACAGAGAAUGUCGUGGAGAACAUUCACGAGUAUCUCGCGACCUUUGGCAAGGACGUGCGGGCAGGCAAGAUCAAACUGGAAGAGUUCAUCAUCCACAAGCGUCUGGGCAAGAACCCAGAAGAUUACCCCGACGCGAAGAGCCAGCCGCAUGUCCAAGUGGCACUACGCAUGAAGGAGAGAGGAGGCACGGCCCGCGGCGGAGACGUCAUCCCUUACGUCUUCUGUCUGGGAGAAGGCGGCGAGUCCGCAAAGACCGCGCAAGCAGACCGCGCCAAACACCCCGACGAGGUUCGCAGAGACAGUGAAAACCUCAAGCUCGACUACGAGCACUACCUCUCCCAACAAAUCCUCCCUCCCAUCGAACGUCUCUGCGAGCCUAUCGAAGGCACCGACCGCGCCCGUCUCGCCGAGUGUCUAGGGCUCGACCCCGCCCGCUUCCGCUCCUCGGUCUCCGGUCCAACCUCCGACGAGCUCCAGUUCGCAACCCUCGACUCUUUACUCCCAGACUCUGAACGGUACAAAGACGCGGAGCCUCUGACGAUCCGUUGUCGCGCGUGUCAGGCAGAGCUCGCCGUCGCGCCGCUCGCAGACCGCGCGGGUUCGAUCGUACAGCCCGCGGGGCUAACAUGUACCGGGUGCCGGGUGCAGCUCGGGGUAGCAAGCAUGCAGACACAGCUCGAGGUGCAAGCACGGCAGAAGAUUGCGCGCUUCUACGAGGGAUGGACGGUGUGCGACGACCCGACGUGCGGGCACCGGACGCGAGACAUGGGUGCGUACGGGCGGCGGUGUCUGCGCGAGGGGUGCCAGGGGAACGUCGCAUUCGAGUACUCGGACGCAAAGCUGUACAUGCAGCUGAGGUACUACGUGUCGCUCUUCGACGUCGAUCACGCGAUAGAGGCGACGAAAAAUCGGCCUCGGGACACAGAUGUCCACAACGCUCUGGUUGCACUCGGCAGCAGUCAGCGUGCGGUGUGCGUGUAUCUCAAGGAGGUUGCCCAGAAGUAUCUGGACCAGAGCGGCCGUCGGUGGGUGUCGAUGAGCACGUUGUUCUCGUUCAUGAAGGUGUAG